AUGUGGAGUGCUUCUUAUUUGAAUUUCGUUAGUAGUCUUAAUCGAGGUCUUGAUAGUAAUCUAACAAGUCUCACAAUGACAAAAAUUUGUCGUCUGUGUUUACAAAAGUUACAAAGAGGUUCCAAAUACUUCAACAUCAAUGCUGUCGAAUCCUACACGGGUUUUAUGCCUUACCGUGAUCAAUUAACGACUUGCAUUCCUGAAAUGGCAUUGGACCUAGUUCCAAACCCAGUCAUAUGCAACAAUUGCCGAACCGCCUUGAAAUACGCCUAUGAUUUCAAAACAAGAUGUCUCCUGGUGGAAAAAAAGAUCCAAGAGUAUAUAGAAAGUCUACCUGAUCAGAAAAACUAUGAUCUGUCACAACUAGACAACAGCUUUUUACUACCUUUUGACAAAAUCCCCAUGUUGCUGAAGGGCUUGGAGCAAGACCUGUCAGAAGUGAAAGAUGGGCCCAGUGGCCCCCUUAAAAAAGAAACAGAGGUGCAGACCAUGAGUGAGUACAAUGAAGGUACCAUUGACAGUUUCCCUAAUUUACGGACCAGGGGGCCAAAAAGGAGGCCAAUACAUGCUGCAAAUUUGGUUGUUAAAACUGAAGAUGGAAAGGAUUUCAUUUGUGGAAAGUGUGACUUGACAUUCCCUGAUAUGUUUCAACUUUUGUCACACAAGUCUGAAGCUCAUGCAGAUGAGUUUGUUUGCAAUUUUUGUGAACAGUCAUUCAAAAGUCUGCAAAAUUUGAGGAAGCACAAUAAUGUUUGUUCAAGAAGGUCCCAACCAGAGCAACCAAGUUCUAUAAUCACAAAGAGACCUCAUUUGCCAGCAAAAGCAAAAAAUCACCUCAAAAGAUGGUUGUUUCGUCACACUGAGCAUCCCUAUCCAACUGACCAUGAGAAGCAAAUGUUGAUGCAAGAAACUCAUUUGUCUCUUCUUCAAGUUGAAAAUUGGUUUAUCAAUGCCAGAAGAAGGAUUUUACAGGAUCUGACAAAACUGAAAAGGCGUGGAGUGAAGUCAAGAAAAAAAUCAAGACACAAUGUUUCCCCAGUGGACGAUCCCGUGCUAGGGAUGGAGCUGGAACUGGAAGAGAUCCUGUUGCCCCUAUCGCCCCCAGCUGCCCCUGAGCAACUCGAUCCCCUAGGGGAUGUCGAUGACCGCCCUUCCACCUCCCCUCACGACAGUUUCAACGAUAGUGUCAACGACAGUUUCAGCGACAGUGUCAACGAUAGUGUCAACGACACUGUCAACGUCAAAAAGGAACCGGAGAUACAGGAGGAACAAUUGGAUUUGGGGUCGCUGAAGUGUGAGGCCGUUGAGGAUCGGUAA